CGGCAUAUUUUAUCCUCUCACCAAACUACCUAUUCCAAGGUUUCCCCGAGGGUGGAAGCCGUCUGGCAGCUGUACAGCGGGAAUCAGUGUCACCACACCGUGAUUGAGUGACUGGUAUAAAUACUCUAGCAUACCGCUAUGGCUUACAACUCCGAAUCCAGCGCGCAGACCUACGCUGAGGCCACAUGGCUGCAAGGCGCCAUUUUCGCUGCCAUGUUUUACGGCGUGGCGGUUGUGAUGUCUUUCAUGUGUUGGCGCUCCCUCUGGCCACGCAUUCGAUCGUAUACCACCGGGUACAAGAAAAACAGAUUCCUCUUCUGCUAUGUCACUUUCCUUUUUGUGUUGAGUACGAUGAAUGCGGCGUUUUCUGCGGAGGAGACGCAGAAGACCUUCAUCUACAAUCGCCUAUAUCCAGGAGGUCCAAGUGCAUUCGCUAGGAUAAACUUUUCACCUGCGCUUGGUGUUUCCCUCUUGCUUUCAAAUUGGUGUGCAGACCUAUUGAUGAUUUGGCGGUGUAUAGUGGUAUACAAAAAUACCAGAUCCCACUUGAUUGUCUCGGGACUUGGAAGCCUCAUGUUUCUCACAUCUGUGGUCACCGGAACCCUCUGGUUUGUUGUCAUGUCAAACCCCCACAGAGCUACAGACGGCUGGAUGUCCAUCCACUUCCUCUUCCCGUACAUCUGUGUCGCCCUCACCAUCAACAUCUUCGUCAGUCUCCUCACUGUCCUGCGCCUGCUAUACCACCGCCACAAAAUGUCCAAAAUCCUUGGCCCAGGUCACGGCGCGAUUUACGCCAGUUUCGCGACAAUAAUUAUCGAAUCCGCAUCCAUCUAUUCAAUAAUUUCGCUCCUUUACCUCAUCCCGUUCGCCGCCCGCAACCCGCUCUCGGAUGCAUUCGUGCAAAUCCUGGGUCAGGCGCAGAUCGUUGCCUCACUCCUCAUUAUCUUCCGUGUCGCAGAGGGGAAGGCCUGGGGAAAACACGCUAACUCACCAAUGGAAAGCUCCUUCCAGAUGCGGCGAAUGCCCAAAACCUUGAAACCCUCUGCUGCGCCAAAUCAACUAAACGUAGAGAUCCACUUUGAGGUAGAAACUAGCCACGACAGUUCCAUUCCGCCGCCAAAGUCACCAUACUCGGGGGAAUCUGCCAGUGAGGCUAAUGCCCCACUUGACAGCACGGUAUGAGACCCGCAGGGCUGUACGUAUGAAUCAAGACAGCGGGACGCACGAAUUUAUCUAGACUCUGUCACUACCGGCCCUCCGUGUUUCUAGCUCCGAAAUACGGAUAGAUUCGCAUUGGUCAAUGUGUUCCCUCUCGUUUUGUGUAAUUGCGAUCAGCUCCGCAGAACCAACCGCUCCGUAUUCACAUUAUGUAGCUAUAGCGAUUUUAUUACAGGUACAUUAUGUAUUAAAUUAUUGUAAGUUAUCUAGGCUCUUAAUUGACAGUCUUUUUUCGUGGAG